CGAGUCUCUGGUCUGACCUAAUAGCAGCCAUUUUAGGCCACCUACAGAGUUGUCUUUUGUGACUCACGCCCUCCUCUGUCUCUUUACCUGACGACUUUCACAAUCAGGGUGGAUGAAGCCAAUUCGUCCCGUAUCACUAUCUCCAGCCUCACUGCCAACGACAGUAAAGAAAAACUUUUCCGCAGCUUUUCCUUUAUCAAGGCAACUUUGUCUGUCACGUUUUGGUUCCAGGUUCCGGUUUGCGGCCUGUGCAAAACCACCCCGCACUGUCGUAGACUCCCGCACUUUUGCGACCUCACGACCCCUCAACGCCUUUCAACUGCAAACGUCGCAGAAGCGCAAAAAGGACAAGAUGACUUCCGCCGCGACGACUCUCAAGGGCCAGCCCCUCGACAAGGCUGUCCUCGAAUCCAUCCUCCGACGCCGCAUGUUUUACACCCCGUCCUUCGAAAUCUACGGCGGUGUUGGUGGUUUGUUCGACUAUGGCCCUCCUGGCUGCGCACUGCAGGCCAGUGUUAUUGAUAUCUGGCGCAAGCAUUUCAUCCUCGAGGAGGAUAUGCUCGAGGUUGACUGCACUGUUCUGACCCCUCACGAGGUCCUCAAGACCAGUGGCCAUGUUGACAAGUUCGCCGACUGGAUGUGCAAGGACCCCAAGAACGGCGAGAUUCUUCGAGCCGACCAUUUUGUCGAAGCCAUUCUCGAGGCCCGGCUAAACGGCGACAAGGAGGCCCGUGGCCAGAAGGUGGAGGACAAGGAGGAGGACCCCAAGAAGAAGAAGAAAAAGACAAAGACUGAAGCUGUGAAACUCGACGACGCCGUCGUCAAGGAGUACGAGGAGGUUCUCGCCAGAAUCGACAACUACGGUGGCCCAGAGCUUGGCGAGCUCAUCAAGAAGUACGAUCUCAGAAACCCCGCCACUGGUGUUCAGCCCGCGGAGCCUGUCUCCUUCAACCUCAUGUUCCAAACCUCCAUUGGUCCCAGCAGCAACUACCCUGGCUACCUCCGCCCCGAGACUGCCCAGGGCCAGUUCCUGAACUUUGCCAAGCUCCUCGAGUUCAACCAAUCUCAGAUGCCUUUCGCCUCUGCCUCUAUUGGCAAGUCAUACCGUAACGAGAUUUCCCCUCGUGCCGGCCUUCUACGAGUGCGUGAGUUCCUUAUGGCUGAGAUUGAGCAUUUCGUCGAUCCUGAGGGUGGAAAGAAGCACCACCGAUUCCAUGAGGUCGAAGAUGUUGAGCUUGUCCUCCUUGACCGUGAUACACAGCUGAGUGGCAAGACUACGACCAGAACUCUCAAGAUCGGUCAGGCUGUCAAGGAUGGUCUUGUUGACAACGAGACUCUGGGCUACUUUCUUGCCCGAAUUCACUUGUUUUUGGAAAAGAUUGGUGUGGAUCUGACCAAGCUGCGGUUCCGUCAGCACAUGGCCAACGAGAUGGCUCAUUAUGCCACCGACUGCUGGGAUGCUGAACUCUUCACUAGCUCCGGUUGGAUCGAGUGUGUCGGCUGUGCUGACCGAAGUGCCUACGACUUGAGUGUUCACGCCAAAAAGACCGGCGCCCCUCUGGUUGUCCGCGAGCAGCGCGAGACUCCUCUUGUCAUUGAGGAAUGGCAAAUCGACAUCGAGCGGAAGAAGUUUGGUCCACAGUUCAAGAAGGAUGCCAAGACUGUCGAAACUGCUCUCUUGGCUACAUCACAAGAACAGCGAGAAAAGCUGGCCAAGGAUUUGAGCGACAACGGCAGCAUCACUCUCGAAGUCGCUGGUGUUGGCGACGGCAAGGUCCAGGUUAACAAGGACUCCAUUGCCAUCAAGUUCCGCAAGAGGGUCGAGAACACGCGCGAGUUUGUGCCCAAUGUUAUCGAGCCCUCGUUCGGUAUUGGCCGUAUUCUCUAUUCCUUGAUGGAGCACAGCUUCUGGACUCGUGGCACCGAGGGCGGCGACGAAGCCCGUGGUGUUCUAUCUUUCCCUCCCACUGUGGCCCCUACCAAGGUUUUGCUUGUUCCCCUCUCCUCCAACACCCAGUUCAAGCCUCUCCUCAAGCAGCUAUCCCAACGUCUCCGCAGUGCUGGUAUCUCCAGCCGCGUGGACGACUCUUCUGCCAGCAUUGGUAAGCGAUACAGCCGAAACGAUGAGCUCGGCACUCCUCUCGGCAUUACCAUCGAUUUCCAGACAGUUCAAGACGGUACUGUUACCUUGCGAGAUCGUGACAGCACCAGCCAAGUCCGAGCGGAGCAGGAGAAGAUCAUUGAUGCUAUCAAGUCACUUGUGAAUGGCAGUAAGACCUGGUCUCAGAUUGAGAAUGAGCUCCCCAAGUUUGAGGGCCAGGAGGUUGAGGUUGCUCAACGAUAGAGUAGAAAAGGUUAGAAGAAAUGUAACAUAGAUGCCGUAGUGGCUGAAGAUUUAUCAAAAUGGUGAAUGUCAAGGCAGAAGGUGGAAUUCGUCAAGUUGAGUCUACGAGUCACGAGACAAAACACUG